AUGAUACUGCUUAACUACCCAACUUACGUGUGGCAGCAAUGGCAUGGAACGAUGUUAUACUGGGCGAUCAUUGCGCUCGGCGUGGUCGUCAAUGUUGGGUUCGCGAGGUGGCUACCGAAGCUGGAAGGUUUCCUAUUUAUCUGGCACAUCGUCGGUUUCUUCUGCGUCCUCAUACCUCUGGUUUAUCUUGGACCAAAGAACACGGCAGAGUUCGUAUGGACAUCCACCGCGGACGCCGACCUCUGGCCGAACUAUGGCAUUGCCUUCUGCAUAGGAGUCACCGUCAACACCUUCCCCUUCGUUGGUUACGAUGCUGCCGCUCACAUGAGCGAGGAGGUGAAAGAGCCAUCAAUCGUCAUCCCACGUGCAAUGAUCUGCACCAUACUCGUCAACGGCCUUAUGGGCUUCGGCAUGAUCUUGGCCCUGCUCUUCUGCAUGGGAGACGUUAAUGAGGUUCUGAAUUCCACGGUAUCCUUGACUUCCGGAUAUCCGUUCAUACAGAUCUAUUACAACGCCACGCAAUCGCUCGCCGGGACCAACGCCAUGAUCUGCGUCUCUCUCGUGAUCGUCAUCAUGGCUCACUUCGGUCUCAUGGCCGGCUGCUCAAGGACAGCCUGGGCCUUCGCUCGCGACGGUGGCUUGCCAUUUUCGAACUUCUUCGACCAUGUCGGCCACAAGAGUCAGGUGCCGUUCCGGGCCAUCAUGCUCUCGGUCACGAUCCAGGUUCUGCUCGGACUGAUCAACAUUGGCUCCUAUUAUGCCUUCUCCGCGUUCGUCAACUCGGCCGCGGUCACCCUAUACAUCACAUACAUCACACCGGUCAUCUUAGGGAUGAUGAAACGGUGGCGCGGCGAACACAUCCCCUACGGUCCCUUCCAGCUCGGCAAAUGGCGAACCCCAAUCAACGUCUUCGCUGUUGUCUACACGCUCUUCGUCUCGUUCUUCCUGCUCUGGCCGUCGCUCGAGCAGGUCAAUGCUGAAUACAUGAAUUGGAGCGUCCUGCUCGUGGGAGGAAUAGUGGUCAUCAGCAUGGUGUGGUGGUUCGUGGAAGGACGGAAAAGCUUUGUCGGUCCGAAUAUCGAUGCGACUCUUCAUCGGAAUACGGAUUGA